CUUCUCUUCUUCCCACACACACGUUCAAUCUCCUUCAUCGUCACUCUUCUUUCGGUACUACAAUACAAUCUCCUUCGCCAUGAAAUCGCGCGAUCACUCCUCCGCGGAGGCUCCGCCGCAAUCGGAUUACGCCUCCGCACUAACCCGAGUAGCGGUGGCGCAGAUCUGCGGAACAGUGGGGUACGGAGCGGCGGAAGCCUCGGCGCUCGCGGUUCUAACCGACGUCGCCGGCCUAUACCUGAGAGCGAUCGCUAAAUCCGCGGUCUCGUCCGCGAACUCCGGCGGCCGUACGGAGGCGAACCUCGUAGACGUGAUUGCGUCGCUGGAGGAGCUGAACUCUGUGCAGGGGUUCGAGGGCGCGUCGAGGCCGACGAGCAACGCAUUGAGCUCGUCGCUGAUAACGGAGCUGGAGAGAUUCGUGAAUUUCACUGAGGAGACGCCGUUCGCGAAGGCUCUGCCGAGGAAUUCGUUUUUCAGGAAGAAAGUGAAAUUGCCGAAGCGCGGAUUGGAUCAGUAUAAGGAGGGGAGGUUUAGGCACGUGCCGAAGUGGUUGCCGUCUAUGCCGGAGAUUGAGAAAGAGGAAAAGGAGGAGGAGGCGAAAUGGGGGUUUGGUAACGGAAUGAAAGAGGAAAGGGAGUCGGAAUUGGAUAGUGAAGGGAGAAAUAAGUCAAAUAAGAGAGUGGAAAGAGAAGGGAAGGGGAAGGGGAAGAACUUGCCUGUGAAGAGAAUCAGAGUAAAAUUCAAGCUGUUGCAGAAGAAAGGGAGGAAUGAGGGGAUUGAACAGAGUAGUACAGGAGUGUGUAGAGGUGGGAUUGGGAAGAGGGUUUCAUGUGAGAAUCAUGGAGAUGAUGGAAAGAAAGAGAAGAAUAAGAAGAGGAAGAGUUCAAAGAUGGCAAAAUCUAUGAUCAUCCCAAACAAUCUCAGAUUAAGUCGGCCUUCUGAUAGUAUGAUUCUGUCAUGACAAUGAAAGAUGUUUGGAGAAUAAAGAAACCUUGCAGAAACCAAACUUUAUAGCCAGCCAUGUUAUAUGAAUCAAACCCAUUGCAUUACCUGCAGAAUGAAUUAUUCUGAGUGUUGGCAAUGGGAAAGCAAGAAAUUUCUGGCUCUACUUUCCCCACCUUGGCAUAAAAAAUCCAUCUUUAAAUUACAUCCAGUUGGAUAAGUUGGGAUUUAGCUCUGUUUUGUUUGGGUGGAAAUCCAACAAGUUUUUACACCCUUAGAAGUAAGUAAUUUGGUAGCAGGGAACUAACAAUGUAGCCUUUGUUCAAGUUAGUGUAAAGCAUCUGACUUAGGCUAUAUUUGGUAAAACUUAUUUUAGAGUUUAUAACUUAUUUCAAGCAAUAAAUUAGAUAUAAGCUUUGUUUGGUAAAACAU